AUGAAGAAGUUUGGCUUCGGCAAAAAGGGGGAUGAUGGCGACGACGCCGACCGCAGCGCCCUCUUCGGCCGCAAGAAGCCGGUGGCGGGCCCUCCGACAGACAAUCCUUACGCCCAGCAGGGCGCCAGUGACCCCUACGCCGACAGCGCAAAGUACGCCAACGUGACACCAUACCAGCAGGCCCGCUCGGGUGUCAACGGCGGGCCACGACCUGGGGGCUACGGCGCCGAACGAUACGGCUCUGGCGGCGGAUACGGCUCGAGUCGCUACAGCAGCCCGGCAGCGGGAGCUAGGGGCCCCAGUGGCUAUGGCGGAUUCGGCCGCGCCAACGACAACGCACCCGAUGAGAAUCGCGAUGCCCUCUUCACCGGUGCUCAGGAGCGCUUUGCCCAGAAACAACAGUCCUCUGCACCUGGCUCUUAUGGGCAGGCUGGCACCGAUGCCGGGUCCUACGGGGGCUACGGCGAGCAGCGGGAGCUGACGGCCGAGGAACAGGAAGAGGCAGAUUACCAAGCCAUCCUGUCCGAGAAGAGACAGGUCCAGCAAGAAAGCUCCGCUUCCGUUUCUCGCUCCGUGGCAAUGGCCAGGCAAGCGAAUGAAGUUGGCCAAGCAACUCUCGCCCGCCUCGGAGCCCAGGGAGAACGGCUGGUCAACACGGAAAAGAACCUCGAUCUCGCCGCCAACCAGAACAAGGUCGCCCAGGACAGGGCGUCCGAGCUCAAGACGCUCAACCGAAGCAUGGCCGAUGACGAGGUCAUGAACCGUCACCGGACGGAGCGUGAGCAGCGAGAGAUGACACGGCGGGAAGGCUACAGCGCAAACCAACGCAUGGAGUCCACCUUUUCCGAGAUGAACUCUACGCGUGUCAGGGCACAGCCGCAGGCCCGCAAGAAGGACUAUGGCAAGUUCAACCUCGACGAUGAAGAGGGCGCCGACGAGCUCGAGGACCAAAUUGACGACGGCCUCGACGAACUAUCGGGCCAGGUGUCGAUGAUGAACAUGGUGGGCCGGGCCAUUGGCAAGGAAGUGGAUUCCCAAAACAAGCAGAUUGACAGGAUCAUGAACAAGAGCGACGCGGUUGAUGAUGCCACAAGACUGAACAGAGAACGGUUGGCCCGUAUCAAGUGA